GUUUACUCUGUGGUAACCACGUUUCAUAUGCGAAAAUUUCAUACAUUUAACAUGAAAAUCUGCUGUCUUUACCCGUUUGCUUGUAAAUGACAAUGACAUGGGCUUAAUUCUGUCAUGUCAGCUCUCAAUCAGCUGUAAUUCACUUUGUUUUUGUUUUGAGAAAAACAUGUUAUUGAAUUCAUUCAAUUUAAAAUACUAAGAUCUCUGCCGUUUAUGCCACCUGUAUUGUGUCAUGAAGGUGUAAUACGGUAUUUCGUUUGAGAGAAAGGAUCUUAUAGUGUGCAAACAUAAAUAUAAUGUAGUGUUUAUAUUUGUUCUUUCGAAGAUCAAAAUAUAAAGAACCAUGGCCACUAUGGUGAAAGAAAAACGUAAGGGGAAGAAGAAAGGAAAGGAGAAAAGCAGUUCUCCUAAAGAGGUGACCCCGGAACUAGGCGAACCACCGCCCGCAGUCACUCUCGCUGACUUUGCUGAAUGUGGUCCCAGUGGCAAAGAGGUUACCAAAACUAUAACCGUAGACUCUGAUACCAAUAAACCUGAAUCAUCUAAAACUGAAGAUGUUGUGUGUAACAAAGAGGAUAACAAAGAAUUAGCUGAAGUUAACUGUGCCAAAGAUCAAAUAGCAGAAUCAAAUAUAGUUAGCGAGGAUAAAGAUAGAAGUUUACCUGUAGCAGAUUCAAUAAGUAAAGACACUGAAGAAACAAAGACUGCAACCAGCAUCAACACAAAUGAAGCUAAUGAAUCGACAACACCAAGGGUGCAAAACCACUAUAAUGAACUGAGUAGGAAAUUAGAAAGGAUGAUAAUACCUACUGAAGUUACAGAACAUAUAACAGAGGAGAGAGAACAAGAACUUGAGCAUCAGGAUGCAUACCUAACAGUGCAGAAGGAGACAGAGUUAGAUGAACAGGUUGGAGAACCAGCAGAGGAAGUAGGAGAAAACUCUAUGGUAUUUGUCCAAGAUGCUGUACCAUCUGCACCAUGCUUCGAAGAGAUACCACAAGAAGAGGAGACAGUUCAUCCAGAAGUAGAAAGGGAAAGAAUUCCGAGGGUUAAGUGCAUGCCUAUAGAAGAUGCUAUCAGAAUGUGUGGGGGGAAGGAGAUGGAUGAAGUGAGGCAAAUGAGUGAAACUGAAGAAGCUUUGGUAGCUGCUGGGUCAUUGGUAGGACCAGGGUCGGCACUGUUCGAUUUGCUGCCCACACUCAGGACAUCACUAAUAGCAACGGAAAAAGAGCGGAUGAAAUUAGCAUACGGCUUUCUAGAGGAAGAGAAGAGUAGAAAUACUUUAUGGAAAGUAGAGAAACGACAAUUAAACCUAUCUGAGAAAUGCCCUUGUGGUCUCAAUGUGGAUUUGAAGCUGACCUAUGAGUACGCUGAGUUAAAGAAGGCGAGGCUACCGAUUGCUAAGAUGACACUGGACAAGUUACUGAGAGAUACCCAGGAGUCAUUUUGCCAUUACCAGUUUGUGGCGAUGUUGACACAUGCACAAAUCGAGGCUUUACUAGCUGACACAGUUCAAUACAACAAGCAGUUCAUCCGGGAUGCUCUAGCUUUAGUUCUAUCAGAACUGCGUCAGAGCGACAACGCCCCGGACGUGCUAGCCAGCGCGUUAGAGCGCUGGGCCGCCGCGCUCUCGUCAGCGUUAGUAGACAACCGCGAUCUUAGGCAGCUGGUAUAUCUCCUGCAUCAUCUGUUUAGACACCCUCGCUCCGUGCAGUGGGCGUGGGACUCUGUGUCCGUGCAGGUGGACAGCGCCUCCCCUUGGCGCGUGCUGGCGCUGCUCGAGCUGCUGCUGUGUAAUUCACGCGCUGACUCCGCGUUAGAGUGUACUGAAGAUCUGGAGGAAGCGUGGGAGGAGGUGGACAAGCAUGGCGGCGGCGGCGCGGUGAGUGACGGUAUACUCCGGGAGCGAGACCUGCUGGCGCUGCUGAACAGGUUCCCGCUGCGGGACCUGGUGGCCAGGCUGCUGCUGUUCACGCACACGGACAUUCGCCUGGCUCGCGCUCCCGAGUGGCAGGACAGCAGCGGCGGGCGGCGCGUGCUGCGCGCGUGCUGCGGCGUGCGCGCGCUGCUGCACGUGCUGCGCGCCGCGUGCGCGCGCCAGCCCGCCUACGCCAGGCUCGCGCGGCGCCUGCGCGGCCUGGCCGUGCGCGCGCUGCGGGGGCUGGCCUGUCUGCAUCUCACGUGCAAAUCAUCAUACGACUUCGACCUGUCAGACAAGAUACAGGCGGAGUGUGAGGCAGCCUUCGCCUCUGGGUUCAGUAUGCUGAGCAAGCAGGAGCUACACCAGCUGCCGGCUACGCUGCUGUCUGAUAUCACCGCUAAGGAGUACUGUAUAGCGAAUAUUGUUUCUCUACAUGAUAAUACAACGACACAACUAGACCAGUUGGAGCUGGAGCUCCCCCUCCUACCAUGCGACGUGCGCGUGCGCAUCGUGUCGCAAGCCGCCGCAGAUAGGAAGGAGGACCACGAACUUGCCAGAAUAGUUAUAGAGUUCUUAUUGCAGACAGGAAUCAAACGCAAGUCAGUGUCAUGCAAAGGCCUGUGCGACAUCACUGCGCGGGAGUGUCUCGGGGAGGUGCUCGCCGCUCACCCCUACUUACAUACCACCGCACUGCAAAUUGUGGCCGAUAUAAAUAUUGUGGAGUCUCUCUCGCCGUCCUGCGUGAAGACGCUACUGGUUGACAAGUGGCGUCCAUCUUGCGGCGAGCUGACCGCGGUGCUGGAGGACUGGGCGCGACGCUGUCCCCACUUCCUGCAGCAUCUGCUGCUGCAGCUGGACUGCACUCCUUAUGUCGGCCUCCCCCUGGACGUGCAGCUGUGCGCGUCGUCCUGGCUGUGCGGGCACGCGUCCUGCCUGCCCGGCAGCGCGCCGGAGUGGUGCUGGCGCGCGCUGCGGCGGCUGCGCCUGCACCGCACCAGCUGGCUGCUGCCGCUGGACGCGCCCGCGCCCGCCCGCGCGCCCGACACGCUCUUCAGCGUGGCACACGCGCUGCUGGCCACCACCUGGGGACAUUGUAUACCUGUGAUAUGUGUAGAGGGCAUAACGGGUCUGUGCCAGCUGGCGUCUGCCCGCCCUCUCGACGCUGUCCACUGUCUGUCCGGGGUCAUGCUGGUGAUGGCGCAGUCGCCAGAGUCCGUCGCCUUCACACCCAUGUUCACGCAGCUGUUCUCGAGCCUGCUGAGCGCGACGCCGUCGCUGAUGUCUCGCGCGCUGGGCCGCGGCGGCGCGCCCGGCCCCGACCUGCUGCUCAGCCUCAUCCUGGCGCAGCUCGCACACCCUACCUGCAACGCGGGCCUGGUGUGUGCGUGGCUGCAGGCGGCGUGGCAGCCGCAGCUGGGCGGCGCCGCGCGCGCUCUGCUGGACGCCGCCGCCGCCGCGACCAGGCUGUGGCCACAUCUAGAUGCCUAUGCUGUCUCAUUGAUACAGGAAGAGAACGCCCAAGAGCAUAUAACCACAGCGGUCCGCAACGCUUCAUGCGCGCCGCUGCUGUGCGAGUGCGUCCUGCGCGCCUGGCACGCGGACAGGGAGGUCAGCUCCGGCCUGCUGCAGCGGCUGCUGGCCGCCCUGCAUCAGCAGCGGCAGGCGGGGCAGAAGGCGCAUGUCGAUAAUGCACUGCAGAAAAUCGGCGCCACGAUAACGGCUGAAGAGCUAGUAAUAUAUCGGACGGCGAACGCCGCGCUCGUGGCUCCCAUGACGCAGCCCUCACACCUCACGCUGUGGCGGCUGCUGCUGCAUCUGUACCUGCAGAGACCGCCCGGGGAUAUGUUAUCACCACCACUAGGGCCACAAUUCUUUAGCGGGUUAAUAAAAUCUCGAACAUUCGGACAAAUCAAGAAACGUCUAAAAGAGACCAUAACGUACCACCUCACAGAAUGUGACUCUCUCAAAUUAGAACAGAAAUCUUUAGACUUUAACGAACUACAGACCAACAAUGUUAUAGAGAAGGCAAGUUUGACUGUGGACGAUGAUUUACUGUUCCCGGCGUUGAAGUUAGAGGACUUGGUGGGGGAGGGCGAGUCCAGUGAUGAGGAGAGUGAGGAGGAGAGUACCAGUAAAGAGACCAGUCCGAGUCGGGAGACGAGUGAUCAGAGGAGGGAGUUAGCGGCUAUGAUCAGUUAUCAUACGGCCGCUGCUAAGUUAUUGACGGAGUAUUUGGGUUGGCUGGAGGCAGGUGAGCAAGUGCGUGCAGAGCCGCACCACGCAGACAUAGCGAGAUACAUACCGGAGCAUGCUAUAGACGUGGCAUGGAAGCGCUGUGUCCCGCGGCCCGCGGCCUCGCCCGAGCUGGACAGCUUCCCGCUCCCCACGCCGCGCCCGCCGCCCGACGACAAGCCGCCAGACACGCCCUUCCACACAGCUGUUAAUACUAUACUGGCCAUCAAAGAUCGUUCGGCAAAAAGGCGCAAACGAAUCGCUCUCAGAACCCCGAUGCCGCGCAUUGACUAUUCUGACUCCAGAGCAUUUAUGUCCGCGCUCGACAAGCAUCUGAAAAACGUCGAGAAACUUGCACAAGAAUGGAACUCGGAGUUGGUCCUCGUUGAGGUGUUGGACUCCAAGCUGUGGGAGCUGGUGGGCGCUCUACGCGUUAACCGACAGCUGCCGGCCGUGAGGAAGUCCUGCGCUAAUAAGUGCAGGAGUAUCAUUUUUGUGAUACCGGAGCAAGAGUCAUGCAGAUCUGAAGACGCCGAGCGUCGUCUGAAGGAGAACAGGACAAGUGCCCGCGCGGCGCUGCAGAGACUCGCGCGCGGCAGACCGCGGGCCGUGUCCACUGCCGCCGCGCUAUACCAUAUUAUUAGGAACAUUUCCACUAACGAAGCGGCGCUGCGUGUGAUCGAGCGCGUGUGGAACUGCGCCGGCGCCCCGUACUGCGACACCUGCCCUCCUACCAAGCAACUCAUCGUCUCGUUCGUUACGGAACUGGCUGAGCGCUGCGUAAGAUCAGAUGGACGUAUGUGCGUGGAGUUACUAAGCUCUUGGAGCAAGCGAGCUCACUGCAGCCUGCAGCAGGAGCUGUGCGGGUCUCUCCUGGCUCCCCGACAUCUCGCCUCCGAACACUGGACCAAGCUCUACAUCGUCGUGUUGCAGUCACAGCUACCGUCACACAUCAUCUUCAGCUAUCUCUCUAAGUUCGAAAUGACCCGCUGGUCACAAACGAUCGACAAACAGCAACAUAAAGAGAUGCUAGAGGCUUUGGUCUGCACUGCCCAGCGGUGGGGCAUGGACCCGCCGCAGGAGCACAGCAUGCUGCUGGAGAUCAUAGGCAUGCAUACCGCCGUACUGCUGCACACGCAGGAGUACUGCUCGCAUGUCAUGCGAUGCGCGCAAGCAUCGGUUAGCAGGACGCUGCCGCCGAGCCACUGGGGACAUGUCAACAGGGCUGUCACCGCUAAUGCUGAGCCUAUUUGUUUUGAUGAUUUCAACACGUUACUCCGCAUGCUGGGCAAGCUGUGGUGGGACGCUCGGCAGAACAACCGCGACGGAAAGAGCACGCCGUACGCCGCGUACGCGCCGCACGUGGCCCGCCUGCUGCACUCGCUGCAGAGGGCGUUCGUCGCCGCCGCCAUACAUAACUCCUAUGCACCAUAUAGGAUCGCAUGGGACGCGUGGGCGACACUCCUAUACUCGUGGAACCCUUGGAUCCUGCCAUACCCCGCGCCACCCAUCCUGCUGUCCGCGGUGGGAGACCAGGACUCCUACACGCCCAUGCUGAGGCACUUCGUCGACAUCGUGCAUCAGGUCAUGAUCGACUGCCCUGGAACCGAGGUCCACCUCCUCCAAGCGAUAUUCGAGUGGUGUAUAGAGACCUACGAGGUGUGCCUCUCCAAGCCGAACCUCCAGGAGAGUCGUGUCCAGGCGGCGGCGCUGCUGGCGGAGACCGCCAAGCUGCCCUGGAGCGAGCACCAGUGGUUCUACGGGAAGAGUCUGAUGAUCGCGCUAAGGAUAAGCGCGAGCAACGACAAAGACUUGACGACGUGGUGUUGCGCGUGCUGGCGCGGCAGCUCGGCGUCCACGCUGCAGGUGCAGUGCGACCCCUCGCCGCCGCCGCGGCUGGCGCUACUGCUGCAGCUGCUCACCGUCACCACGCUGCCGCACCAUCCCCAGUUGUACGAGGAAGGCUGCAAGUUACCAUGGUCGCUACUGCCGCAGGAGGCGCUGGACGAGGCUCUGGACCGAUACUUCAUGCUGCACCACAACCCAGCUGUACCAUACCAUGAAAUGCCGCACUUCAGGAUAAUCCUGAUAGCGUGCGACCUGAUCGGCGUGACCCCGGAGUCGGAGGUCCGCGUGGGGCCGGCCCCGCGGCUGCGGCGCGCGCGCGGCGUGUCGCAGUGGGUGCGCGGCGCCAGCUCGCCCGCGCUGGCCGCGCACGUGCCCGCGCACUGCAAGCUGCUGCUCGACAUCAUCACUGAUCUGGCGCCGUAUAUCAAGGACUCGCCAGGAGAACUGGAGGAGCUGCUGAGCCGAGCUGUCGUUAUCAUGUGUAUCGAACCUGCAGCUGCCGCCGCACUAUCGGUGUGGACGGGGUUCCUGCUGCGCGCCAAGCCCCCGAUGGUGACGGCGGCCGUGUCCGCGGCUGCCGCCCUCACGGACUUCCAGUACUUCGCCCCCGUCGCUGAUGAUGCUGCCAGGACUCUACUCAGACUUAAUGAGGGUUUCCCGUGGUACGAGUUCCCCCCGCGCUGGCAGUCGUGCGCGUGGCUGAGCGCGCGCGCGCUGGCGGCGGCGGGUCGCGCGCACGCCGCCUACACGUGCGCGCUCGCGCACGCCCCGCACGCGCCGCACGUGCGCGCCGUGCUGUCCGCGCUGCUCGCCGCCAACAUCAACUUCGUGAUCGACGAGCCAAUGAUGGGGACAUGGAUCUGCUUCGCGUGCCGCAUGGCGCUCACGUUCGCGGACGAGUCGCAGGACUCGCGCGAGUGCCGCGCGACUGUCGCCACCAUGCUGGCCAGCUGGAGCGAGGCCCCGCGCCGGACCCUGCUCAGCAUGAUCACUACCGUCAUACACCCAGACAAACCCACGCCGUUGCACCGCAUCCUAUGCCGCUACGCGCAAUGCGUGCUGUCUCCCGACGAAAACACAAUUCGUCAGUUCGAGUCUGCGUGCAUGACGUCACUGGGCCCGCAUUGUGACGUCACGGGCUGGGCCGCGGCCCCGACCCUUCCCAAUCUGGUGCAACUGGCCACCAGGCUGUGGCCUACUAGAGAUAAGUACUUCCAUAUCGAAAUGGAAAUAGCUAACGGGAAAGGUCAAUAAAGAAUAAAAAAAAAUCUUCAAAAUUGUGAUUUUGACUUCUGGUCUUGGUUACUCCUUAAGAUAGUGAAUGAUUGUAUUAAAACGAGGUUCAGCUACGCCUUACUUUUACUGGCCUAAGCCCUCGAACAAGAUUCCCUCGUGACCUUAGACCUUUGCGGAGUGAAUUACUAUAAAAUAUAUUAAGUAAAACUAACUGCACAGAUAUUCUUAAAAAAUCGUAAUUAUGACGACCUAUUGAACUAGUCUGUCAUAAUACCCACGUAAAAAAUGUAAAACGCAAUUUUGCCUACACCACAAAUGGGGCUCUUAGUCUGCUCUGGACAAGUCUCCGCCCA